CCAGCUGAAAGCCGAGAUCCUUACCUAGAGAAAGAUAAAUCUGACUCACAGACAGCUCCCCUCACUGUCCAUCAGCUGUGACUGAGGUGAACAGAACCACUGAGGUCAUAGGUGGAGAGCCAGGGGUUUGAAAAGAGAAAGGUGAAAGUCCCAUUUUGAAUCCAGGAUUGCCUUUCCUGGACUGGACUGCCCAGGAACUUCUCUGAGCAAUGUGAUUGAUAGGGCCAAACUGGCACAGCCAGUGUGCUGGGAACUGGCUAAGGAAGUGACCCUGGGUGCUCUACUGAGGAACCUAGGGGCAGGUUUGGAAUAACGUGGAGCCCCUGGGCUCUGGGCUCCCAGAGUGAGCCUGGCACACAUUUCUCUGCUGUGUGAGGAUUGGCUGGACGUGGGUAUCCACAGCACUAGGAUGGAGAGAGGCGAGUCUCUUACCCUCUUCUGGAGCCGGGGAGCUGCAGCUAACUCGGGUCGGGAAAAUGCGACAGCGACUGCCCACUCGAGGUCGUCAUGGCGACAGCCAGUGAACGUGUUCCUCUCCUCGGGCAGGCCCCCGAGUGUAGAGGAACUGCUUCGCGAGGCGCAGCUCAAUCUCCAGAGCCUGUUGCAAGAAGAAUAUGAGGAACAGUACUCGGAGGCCAGACUUCUGGGGCAGACCUUCCGCUCUUCUGAUGGGGCCCCUGAGCCUACUCCCAGCCCAAGGCCCCAGUCUGCCAAGCGUCUGGAGUUUGUAUUGAUGCCUGCAAAACGGCAGCUGAGCGAGGAUGAGACCACGACCCAGGGUGUGAGGGCCCCUGAGGCCUGCCUGAGCCUGUCUACUGCCAACAAGCAAAGUGCCUGGAAUGACCCCUUCCCUCUACCCAUCCUAAAGGAGAGGCUCUGGCUUCAGCCCUGCUCCACGCAGUCUGACCUUGUGCCAAUCAACAUCUCUGGGCAGCAGUUUGAUAGACAUGCAAGUUUUCGACACUCGUUGUUUAACACAGAGACAGCCGUGAACCCCAAGUCCACCCUGAGGCGGAGGCGGACCAUUAUUGGAUUCUCUAACUUUUCUCAGCGAGACCAAGGUCACAGCAGCAGUCCUGCAGGCAGCCUGGCCCGCUCUGCCACCUCAGACAUCAGGCCUGGCCACUCAGCUCCACAAGUUGUUCAGGGAAGAGUUGCUGUUGGGCAGGAAGCUCGGUUCCCAAGUCUCACCUCACCAGGACUGAGACACUCUUCUAGUGAGCCCGGAGACGCUCACCAGGCUCGCAGUGCCUCAGACCAUCCCGGCAUGGAGAGCAUGGCAGUGGUGUACAGUGUCCCCAGUUCUUGCAAUGGACCAACAGAGUCAACAUUCUCCACUUCCUGGAAGGGAGAUGCUUUCACAUACAUGACCCCAAGUGCCAGCAGCCAGGGCAAUCAAGUCAGUGAAAAUGGAAAAAACCCUUCCUCGGGGAAUUCUUGGGUCCCUCUGAACACACUCCCACCUCUGGUUCCUAAGGAGGCGGCCACGCUCUUUGUCACCCGUGAUAACCCAGCAGGAUGCACUGGGCUACCCAGCUACUCUGAGCACCCCACUCUACGAAGACAGAUACCAGAAAGACCUCCCAAGAUUGGCCUUCUUGCCCGUGGUACCUCAAGGCUGGAAACAGGCCCAGGUGGGACCAACAGGUUCCGGGAGCGGUCACUGUCUGUACCCACAGAUUCGGGUGUUACCUCAGUGGACUAUGAUGAAGAACAGAAGACCAGUGAGGCCCGCAUCCUGCCUUAUGCCAGUACAAGCUCUGAGGGCAGUAACAGUACUGACAACAUUGCAGCCCUCAGCACUGAGCAGGAGGCACGGCACAGAAGGCAAAGAUCCAAAAGUAUUUCACUCAAGAAGGCCAAAAAGAAGCCCUCUCCACCCAUGCGAAGUGUCUCACUCGUCAAAGAUGAGCCAGCCCUCCCACCAGAAGGCGAAUUGGUACUGCCCAAGGACCAGAGGCCCAGGAGCCUUUGCCUCUCCUUGGAACACCAAGGGCACCACCCACCUCACCCAGAUGCUCAAGGUCACCCAGCUGUGCCAAUGCUCAAAGAUCCAGGAGGUACACAGUUCUCUCACCACUGGUAUCUUACUGACUGGAAGUCUGGUGACACCUACCAGUCCUUGUCCAGCUCCAGCACUGCCACCGGCACCACAGUCAUUGAGUGCACUCAAGUUCAGGGAAGCUCAGAGUCUCUGGCCUCCCCUUCCACCUCCAGAGCGACAACACCCUCCCAGCUCUCCAUUGAGGUGGAAGCCAGGGAAGUAGCCUCUCCUGGGAGGCCCACUGGACUGAUGUCCCCUUCCAGUGGUUACUCCAGCCAGUCAGAGACACCCACACCCACUGUCUCCAUGUCCUUGACCCUGGGCCACUUACCUCCUCCAAGUGCUAGUGUCAGAGUACGUCCAGUGGUACCAGAAAGGAAGUCAUCGCUGCCCCCAACAUCACCAAUGGAGAAAAUCUGCAAGUCACGGUUAUCAUUUGACCUACCACUGACCUCUUCAACCACCCUGGAUCUGUCGGGGAUGAGUAUCUCCAUCCGCAGCAAAACCAAGGUGAGCCGCCAUCACUCUGAUACCAAUUUUGGGGCCAAACUGGCACAGAAAACUAGUCCAAACCAACCGAUCAUGCCCAUGGUUACUCAGUCUGACCUCCGUUCUGUUCGCCUGAGGUCAGUCAGCAAGUCUGAGCCGGAAGACGACAUUGAGAGCCCAGAUUACACAGAGGAACCUGGAGCAGAGGAAGUCUUCACCAUGCCAGAGAGAAAAGUGAAACCUCCCAUUGCCGAGAAACCUCCAUUGGCCCGAAGGCCUCCAAGUUUGGUCCACAGGCCGCCCUCUCUCCCUGGGGAGUAUCCACUAACUUCUCCUACUAUGGCUAUGACAUCCAGGAGCUCCAUUCCACACAUGAAGCAGCUUCCCCAAGACAGCUACACAGUGUUGCGGAAACCAAAGUCACCCAGCUUCCCCGGGGAGUCAACAGCAUCCUCCAGCCUUGUCUUCUCACCUCUUGCCAGUUCCUCUGGUGCUUUCUUCUCAGGAACACAGCAACCUCCCCAGGCCAGUGUAGAAGACGGGGGCCCCAAGGUGAGAGCCCUGCCUGAAAGAAUCGGCCUCCAGAGCCAGGAAGAAGCUGAGAAAAAGAUGACCAAGAUUCCACCCCCGGUACCAAAAAAGCCCAGUGUGCUCUACCUGCCUCUCACCUCCCCUGUAGCUCAAAUGGAUGCCUGCAUGGCAGAACCAAGGCUGCCUUUCAGCCCCAUCAUCACCCUGGAGGAAGAUGCCAAGUGUCCCUCCACUGGUGAUGACCAGAAGUCACCUGGUAAAGGGGUGACUUCGCCUCUUCACAUUGACAGAGAAAAAGAGGUCAUCUCUCCAGGGAGGUCAGUGGAACCGAGCGCUGAAGAGAAAAGUUUAAUCAGUGAUAAAACAGCCGAAUGGAUUGCAGAGGAGGAGGAUGACGUGUUUGUGGCUUCCCGCACAACUGAAGAUUUAUUUACUGUGAUACACAGGUCCAAAAGAAAGCUACUGGGCUGGAAAGAGACUGGGGAGGGCUUCACGGGAAGCAAACCCAGCUCCCAUUCACCAGUGAAGAAUACAGCUGAAUCUCCCACCGGUGAGGCUGCUGCUGCCCCAGGGCCAAGUAGCAGUGCCUGCCUAGAUGCUGGUAGAAAUGAUGAUUUCAAGGCCUUGCUCCAGAAGAAGGGAAGUAAGGCAACUCCCAGGACCCGCCCCUCAGCGGCCGAGCUGCUGAAGACGACAAACCCUCUGGCUCGAAGGAUUAUUGCACAGUUCUCAAAAGACUACGAACCCACUGACAACCCCAGUACCUAAGCCUUGCUUCUAACUUCCUAGGCCUGAGUAGAGAAGGAGAAAGAGAGAGGGCUUUAGAAAGGAACCAACCACGGGAAUGACAAAAGAAUCGAUGUCUUUGAUGUUAACUCACACUCUGAACAGCAGAGAGGACAACACAACAAUGGAGCUCACCUGGCACUCGGAUAGGCUUCAGACCUUCCACAUUUCCAUUCUUCCAUCCUUGCCAUGACUAAACAUCGGAGUCCUACUUCUCGUCUCUAGCCCUGUGCACUAAGAGAGCCUCAGAUUGGAGAGCCACCUUUUUAAUGUCCUAUCGUCUUUGUCCAUUGGCUCCUGUCACUGAGGGACACAGUAUGGAGAACAGAUUGGGACCUUCUAAAUCAGGCCUGGGGACAGAGGGUACCAGUUCCCACUGUUGAUUAUCUACUUUCUUGAAGAGGCCUUGAUGGCCCUUUGUGAAGACACAGAGAGACACCAAGGCCUCCUCAACCACAGUGUGACUUUCCUCCAGAGAGAGUUCUGUAGGCGUGCACUAAUUACGGCAUGGAGUUGAUUGGAUGGCUUUUGUGGUGCAAAAUAUGAAUGUGACUCUUCCAAAACUUCAUGCCUUUUUCAGUUUGAUUGUCUAUGCGGAGAUCAGGGUGAUGAGUUUUAAUAAACUUCUAGGAUCCCCCCUCCCCCAUUAGCUAAUGAACCAAGCUCAGCCAAGGCAACUCGCAUGCACGCCUUGAGGUCUCUCGAGUGUCUGUCAACAUGGGUAGCCAGGAUCUGUGCCCAGCUCAUGCUGUAUACUCCAAGAACGCUCAUUUCACUUGCAUGUAACAUUCAUUUUACAGGAAGUACAUAGGUAAAGGACCGGCAUCAUGGAAGGCUCCAGGAGUGGAAAGUAAGUGUAUCUUGUCCCUAUACCAUUCGAUUCAGAUUGUGCUAUUUUGUGGUUGCUUGGAUUUUGUUUAAAGGAAGUCUGACUCUUUCGAAAGUCCAGAACCUGUAUACUGAAAAAAAGAUCCACUCAAAAUCAAAAAGGCAGCCAUGCAAUGGCCCAGGAUACAAGGGCUACUUUUUGCCAUCUAGGUACUGCUAUUUGGCCAACUUUCAGUUAGCUGUGGUGGAAGACAGCAGAUGUGGAAAGACUUCCAGAACAACCACAAUGACCCCUUCUUUUCCAAAGUCAUCAGGCAAUGGCCAUUCUUGUCAACUCAAUUUUGUAAGCAAAGCAAGAGCUCCUGAUUUCCAUAUACCUGCUUUCUGGGGGGCUAGGGAUAAGAUGGGAAAACACUGAGCAGAGAAACCGUGCUUGCCUGUGUUGGAAAGCUCACAGUCUUCUGGUCCCAAGGGGGCCAAAAGGAAAUGAACUUCUAGCGUGCUUUGCAAAAACAAACAACAAAAAACGGUUCCCUGCACCCUUCCUCCUAUGCCCCUGCCCACUGUGCUUCUGCCCUUCCAGAUUCCUUGCUCACUCUCCUGGAGGAUGCAGCAAGAGGCCAGAUACAAACAGAUCUCCAUUUUGACAAUCCUUAUCAAUGAGAAGCAAGCUCUUAGCUCAACUGUCCACACUCCAGCAAGGCAACGUGGCUGGAACUGAAAUAAAACUCCACUGAGUGCUAAGAAGACUCGGGCCCCUGGCAUGGAAGCCUUAGGCUGAAAUCCUUGGUUGGGUUGGUCUAAUUCUGAAUUCUAGACAAAUGAAAAUAGGUCAAGCUCACCAACUGUCUUCUAGCACUUCUCUCAGACUUAAGGGGAAAAUGGUCUCUUAAAUAAUAAGACAGUUCUGAGAAACUAUAGUUGUUUUGGAAGUGUUUAAAACAUUUGACAUGAAGAUCUUAACCAAGUUUCCUAAGUUUUGACUGAAUUGAAACAAGAGUCAGGCAGGAAUGUGCGAUGCAGUUUUGAUCCCAGCACCUGGAAGAUGGAGCCAGGCAGAUCUCUGUGAGGUUGAGGCCAGCCUGAUCUACAUAGCUAGCUCCAGGCUGCCGAGGCUACAUAGUGAGAUCUGGACUUCAGUCUUGGCCUUAGUUUAUAUAGAAGUAUCCCAGCUGACCUGAACUCAGAACUCCAAAAGACAGAGGCAUUUGCCUCUGUAGGUAAAUGAAGGAGCGGAUGCCCAUGCUUGUGUCUAAGAGAAGCAAAAGGCUCCCUGGCUCUGCCCUUCAGAAGCAUCAUGAGUGGUUGAACGUGUGAGCAUAUGGGACUCUGUAUAGGGCUUGCUACUUUUGCUGAUUUUUUUUUCUUUGCAAGUGUCUUGUUUGUUCCUUCUCAUGGGUUUUGCCUCUCCCCUCACCUUGCUACCUCUGGAGGUGUGUCCCCCCCCCAAAAGAUUGUAAAACUGAACGCUUAGACCGCUUGAGGUGGUCUCAGUUGCCUGAACCCUUGUUUCCCUCUGCAAAACUCUGUGGGCCCGGGAUGUUUAGAACAUUUCUGCAUCACUAUGACCCUCAGAAACCCAUUAGCACAAAAAGAUUUGGGGCAGAGACUUCACAGUCAGAGAAAAGACUUAGGCCUGGGAAUGUCCAUUCAGUGUUUGCAGGAGUGGACCUAGUCCUAAAGAAAGCAGACUAUUGGAGAAAAGAUCUACCACUCAUUGAUCAGCUCACCACCAAGCAUCUUUCUAAUACUUAACCUUCUCUUAUCCAACUCUCUUCCCUGGGUACAAUGUAUGCUGCCUGUGAGGCUGGGGGAGAGUUGUGGAGAAACUCCUUUCAGGGAGGUUCUCUGGGAAGUUGCUUCCAGAGUGACCUCUAUAGGUAGCAUAGUCAGUAAGUUGGAGGGAACUCAAAUUGGCCCCACAUAGUCAGCCUCUGCUUCAAGCUAUUUGUAUCCCCCUGUUUCCCUCCAGCUCCAAUCUUUAGUGGUAGGUGGCUCUGUUAGAGUGAAUAUAGACAAGGGUUGGCAAGACGACCCCCCCACCCCCACCCCAAGAUGCAAUUAAUGCUUUGUACUUGGUGGGUAUUGAUUUGUGGUUCAAAUGUGAGUGGUGGAGAGCAGGCUAGUCUUAGUACAAAGGCUGACUUUCCUUGUGGCUCCUCCCCUUUGCCUGUACUCCUGGCCUGCAUGGGCCUCCAACUUGUCCUCCAGUCCUAACACCCGUGAACUGCACUGGUAGCAACAGCUCAGCCACAAAGGAGUCAAGGCCAUGGGCAGCCAAUCCAUUCCUGUUAGCUUCAUGACCCCAAGGUUAAGGUUCUGCCAACAAGCAUUCUGCCUGACAUCUACUUUAUCUAGACAACCCAGAUCCAGUUGUCUCCGUAACUUGUCACUCUGAGCAGAUCUACCCAUGCACCUGUCCACCCCUCCUCCUCACCUUUGAACCAGUCAGGAAAAAAAAAAAAAAAAAAAGACUAGUUAUCUAUCAAUCACUCAGUGCUCUGUUGCUCACUGCUCCGCCCUCUAUGUUAGCCAAGUCUGUGGCACAAUGGUGAGCUUUUCCUUUGCUAUGAUUUGCCAGGGCCAGGACUAGGGUGAGGCGAUUGGGGAGACGCCCACUCUCAAGGCCCCCGCCAGUGCCUUACCCUUGCCUUGGCCCUGCGAUUUGCACUCUGUAAAGUUGUAUCGGUUACUCUUCCUGAGUGUAGUUGUGAUUUUGGGGGCAGGUUCUGCACCAAAUGUUUCUUUGCUGUCUCUCCAUUUGUUGCCAGAAGCCUUUGUAUGCCUAAGCAUUAGAGAAUCUUAAGUAUUAUCACAAGCAUGUCUAAAUGGCCUGCUCCAGCUGGCAAAUGAGCACCCCGGUCAGGAGGAACACUGUGGCCAGAGCCCUUCAACAGUCAGUUGGGGGUCUGCCCCUGUGACCUUCUGUCUGUUCUUUCUGCUUCAUUCUCCCUUGUAGUCCUUGCGGCCCAGCACCGAUUCUCCUCAGUGCCUCCUACUUUGUUCUCCUCCUAAGAAGAAAACAUGCUCUCAGGAAAGGGAUGAAUUCAUUUGCUUUGAGACCGGGAGGCUUAAUGCUACCUUUUCUGAGGGCUGCUUGCAUUUGAACAGGGGAACAGCCUUAAGCCAAAGGAAUGAAGUUCUUGCAGAAUGUUAGGCAUCAACUACUUGUACAAGUUCUUUUUCACCAUGGAAAGACCACACUCCCUGAUGGCUGAUUCCAGAGCAGAGAAAACACUGUUUUCUCCUGGAAUCAUUGUAGUUAGUAGCUGAUGGUCAAUUAUCUAGCUAAUAACCCUGUGCUGUUUUCCUACAAAGGACUCUGAGAUAAAGCUACUUAAAAGCCUCUGAGAAGGCCUGUAUCAAUCAUUCAUAUUGUACAUUAACAUGUUUGUGGAAAUGGGAUUAAUAUUACUUGCCGUUUAGGUAAAAGACACAAAAGAUUUAAGGAGUUUGUGAAGUGUGUCCUGUUUGUGCAAGGUGACUCUGUCGAGUCCGUUUCUUACUGAUGUCAGUCGUCCAAUAUCAGUGGUGGUUAUUGAAUUGGUUGGAGGUACAGUUCCUAAGCACAGGCCUCCACUCCCCUCUUGCCAUUUUGUCUCUGUUUUGUGCUUUGACUCCGCCUUGGUGUGAGAAUGAGACCUUAUCUAAACCAGAGCCCCCAGUCCCUUCAAUGCCUUUGCAUGUAUUUCAGCUAUAAGUGACGAAGAUAGUAAGAAUUUAAAAGGACAAGAGAGUAGGAAAGAGGUACAAAAUAGUGCCUUUGUCAAAAGUCAGAAAAACAGUACGAUGAUUUUUAAAUUACCCAAAAGAAGCCAAGUCAAAUUAUUUUAAACUACUUUGAGAUCAACUUAUGGAGGACUAUGGUGGUGAGUGGUUUUUAGACACAUGAUGGAGGCACUUUAAUAAGUUUAGCAAGAAGAAAUUUGCCUAGUAAGGAUUCUGUGAAAGAAGUAUAUACUUUUGUUCAGUAAAGGCCCAAAUCUAGGCCACUGGUUCUCAAAGUGUGAUCUUGGAACCAUCAAGAGCAACAUAUGAGAGAGAAGAAGGGGGAGGAGAGGGAAAGAGGGAGGGGAGAGGGAGAGAGAGAGAGAGAGAUUACUCCUUCAAGCCCCCCAAACUGCCAGCGCCACACCUCUCCAACAAGCUACCAGUCUUUCCUACUGUUACAGUUACCAGUCUCUGGCAAAGAGGCAUGUGUACCAUCUUGGUCAGCUACACGUUUGUUCAAUGUUAAGAAAUUGCCAGAUUGAAUCGGGCCCAUCUGUCUUGGAUUGGUUUUUAAAAUAAUAACAACAACAACAACAACAAAAGGGGACAGUGGUGGUUGCAGUGGUUCCAGCCCUUAAGUCAAUGUCCUCACCUUGGUGACUGUUCUCCAGGAGGGCUCCAGCAGAUUUGAUUUUUAUUGAGGUUCUGCUUAAUGUAAAAAGUGUGGCAUUUGAUAGUAUUGACCUUCCCCCUACAGGGAAUCCAAUGAACACCAGAACCAGGGCAGCCAGUUAACCCCCCCCCCUUCAGCCUCUUCGUACUGCUAAGCUUUAUAGAAUUAUUCCGUAUGUGGUCUUGAGAUUUUCUAUGUCCAAUUUUAUAAGAUGUUCUGCAUGCAAACACAACAUUGUAGUCACCGUACCAGUCACCUCAAAGCCAUUCCUCCUCCAUAUGUGUGCUGGUGAAGAAAUACCAACAUGUAUGUUCUAAUGUUUUCUGAUCAGCUGUAAAUUACAUUUUCAUUAAUUUUUAAAUGAGAUAUAUUUACUCUGGCUAGCAGUUAAAAUUUUAUUCUUUUUAUUAUCUUUCAUUGCUACUUUUUUCUACUGACUCCAAGGCUUACUUUGGGGGUGGGUGGGAUUUCUUAUUUCUAGAUUGAUAUAAUUCUCUUAUUUCUAUAUUUAUCUAUAAUCACAGAGUGUAAGAGGUGAAAGGGACCAACCUCCCUCUUUUCAUAGAGGAAAUUAAGGCCCAGAAGGGUCAAGUGGCUCACUGAAGGUCACACAAUGAGUCUGAGGCAGGGCCCAGCAUCAAUUCUAGGUCCCUGGUCUCUGGGAUGAAUGUCUUGUCAUUUAAAGCACUAUAUUUAUGAAGGACCCAUGACUGGCUUCUACUUGUCUGACUCAUUAAUUUCCCGGGUAUUUCAGUGAAAAAAAAUUCUAUAUGCUUUAAGGGAACACGCGCAAGCGUUCUUUAGUUUAUGAAUCCAAAGAAAAUCUGGUUUUUAGUUUAGAAAUGCAUCUCCCUCCAUGUUUGCUAUCUGUGCCCUACUUCAUACAGGGGAUGUUUUUCCUAAGAGCUAUGUAGAAAAAUGGAUUUAUAUAGAAUAAAUUUCAUUUUUAGGAGGAAAGCUUCCCUAUGUAAGGGAAUCUUCUAGGGGAUUCUUUUGGAAAAACAAAACAAAACUUUUCUUGUCAUUUGUUCUUUAAGGUCUUUAAGUCCUUAUUAGUGUGAGUUUUUGUACUUGCUGUUUAGUUAAAGUAGGGCAAAGCAGUGUUAGCUUUCCCAGAAUUUACUAGAACCUUACCUUCCUCAUCUUUUUGUGAAAUCUUCAGACUGUGGCAUGCUUAUGAACUACUCAAUUAUGUUCUAGAAACUUCACCUCACUUGAUAUUUUACCAAUCCCUGGGCUCAAAAUUCCUCCUUGAUCUGAUCAGGUAAUACCAGAGCUCCCGAAUCAGUACUCAUCUCUACAUGUGGUCUCUUUUCCAGAACAUUCUUUGCCAGUAUUCCUUAGUGUGCUCUUCCUUUAGCCAUCUCAGGCCUCCUUCCAUAAAUCACACAUACCUCACUGUCCUAUGGACCAACAGGCACUAUACCUUGAGGGUUAUGCUAUGAUGCUGAGGAAUAUUUCCUGUUACUUCCAUGUUCUCAUUCCCCUUGGAUCUUCUCUGGCUUCCAGGCUCAAUGAACUUCUCUCACCAGAGACUGAUGGUUUGUUGGGGUUUUUAUUUUGGUUUUUUGGGGGUUUUUUGUUGUUGUUGUUGUUUUUGCUGUUAUUUGUUUUUUCCAUUGUUUCAGGAAAUCAAUAAACUUUUUUUCUACAAAGGGCCUGGGAGUAACUAUUUUAGGUUUUCGUGGGUCACAUAUGGUUUCUGGAACAGAUUCUUUUUUUGUGUCUGUAGUUGUUUGUUCCUUCACUUGUUUUUACAACCUUAGGAACAUAAGAAAACCAUUCUCAACUCACAGACCAUGAAAGGCUGACCCCCCCUGGCAUGAUGCCUCAGCAUGAACAGGUACCUGCCACCAAGCCUGAUGAACUGAUCUAAGUUUGAGUAGAACCCACAGGUAGAAGAAGAGAGUCAACUACUGCAAACUAUCCUCUGACCUCUGCACACGUGCAGACACACAGGCUCACACAUACAAAUAGAUAAAUGUAAUAAUUUACAAAGGUUUUCUUUAAGUGAGUCUUGUACUAAAGACUGUCACUAACUGCCAUCCGACCAUUCUGUCCACAUCGGGGCAAGUACAGGUCUACACAUGACAGUCUUUCUCUGUGUCCCCCUAUCAUUCAUAUAUAUAUAUAUAUAUAUAAUCACCUUAUUUCCUUAAAUGGAUCUGUUCCAUUCAUUGUGUCUCUGUUUGCCCAAGAUUGGGGUAAACUGGCAGGAAAGUUUACUUAGAACUUUUGUCCUGUCCUUGCUCUUCCUGUCUUGGGCCACCUGUCAUAUCCCACACUACUAUCGCCAGUUUAGGGUGCUGUUAUUCAAAAGCACAUGCUAUAAGAUUCCACUUCAUUUUACAAUUUCCUGGAAAAAUCACCAACUUACUGGUUCCAUAGGCUGAUUUUCAAACCCAGAAUACACACAUAUCUCUGUCCUAACGCAAAUGAUGCCUACCACUGGACAGCAUGGAACCCCAGCAAAGAAAAAAAACAGGGUGCAGGAAAUAUUUGUGCCAAUGUCCCCUGCCUCCUGAGUCCCCAUGGCCUAGAGUGUGUCACUACACUCCUCCAACCAACCCAACACACCACUUCUUGUUUUCUUAACUCCUCCCUCUAUCCUGCUCCCAUCCUACCCCUCCCACUUUCAGGAACUGGAGUUCAGAUUCACAGUUCUCACACUGUGUGCACCCGUGGCUGCAAACGUUGGAAAGCUGUGUGUGUUUUCUGCAGCUGGCUGUGAAUUGGACCUGAGUGUGUGCAUAACAUACAAUGCUCUCAUUGGUCCUCUGCUUCAGGACUAGAUCUCAGGAAAGUGGUUAAGGAAGGGAAUGGCAGAGAGAAGGGUCCUAAUGCAUCACUUACUUUCUUUCUUUCUUUCUUUCUUCUUUCUUUCUUUCUUUC